GAGCUAUAUCUAGAUGGCCUGUUGUAAAUGCAUAUUUCAAUGAUAAAGACUCUUUUGUUCUCCUUGUUUUGAUUAUUGGAUGCAUCUUGUUCUUUAUUAUCCACAUAAUGCAAGCAGGCAUCAUAUCAGCUUUAGUUGAAGGUAUCUCUUAAAAUGGGAAGUUUCAGCUGAAAUGUUUGUCAUUAAAACCACUGCUGCAUUUCACAUUCUACUUCUCGCAUCUUUUUUUGUAGUUCUUGUUAUCACAGAGGAAGUCUGUUAAGUGUUAAGACGUAGUCAUAUCACAUCCCCAUACAUUCAUCAGAAAGCUGUAGUCUCUAAUCGAUUACAGCAUGAACCAGCUUUAUAUCCUUUUAUUGGCCCUUUUUCCAGCUUUCAAUUCAGACACCAGCUUCUUCCUCAUCUACAACGAGGACCACAACAAAUGUGUGUAUGCUGAGAGUGCUACUGUGAUACAGACUGCACCAUGUGAUGAAUCAUCUAAAGCUCAGCAUUUCAGAUGGAUUUCCUCUUCACAAAUCCUCAGUCUCUCGUUUAACCUCUGCUUGGGGUCAGAGAAGAUCGAAGACUGGGUCAAAAUUAUCCUUCUGCCCUGCAAUGAUAUCAGCCCAGUUCAAACCUGGGAAUGUAAAAGUGAAAGCUUGUUUGGUUUGAAGGGACAUCCACUGCACCUGAACUAUGGAAAUUAUGAUGAGCCAAAUGUGAUGUUGUUUUCGGGAACAGGUGUUUGGAGUCGGUGGCUGAUUUAUGGGACCAAAGAAAAUUUGUGUUCUCGUGGAUAUCAAGAGAUAUAUACUACAGGUGGUAAUUCAUUAGGAAAACCAUGCCAGUUCCCUUUUAAAUUUGGUGGCAAAUGGUACACUGAAUGUACUGUAGACGGCAGAACAGACGGUCAACUGUGGUGUUCAACAGAGAAAGAUUACGACACAGAGGAAAAGUGGGGCUUCUGCCCCAAAAAAAAUGUCCCAGUGCCCAAUAUUACAGUGUUCAGGCAGAUGGAGGACAGAGAGCACAUGAUCGUCAUGUGUUCAUUUGGAAAGAGGUUCAUUGAGAGCUCUUUCCAGCUGUCAUUGAAGAGUGAACACAACUAUACCCUGAAGAACCCACUGUGUUAUUCAAGUGAAAAUUGUGUGUUCGAAGUGAAAGGGAGUCUGCCGGUUUCCUUCACCUGUGUGCAUGAGACUGAUUCUGUCGUGAACCGUCAGAGUGAGACCUACACCUACAGCCCAUCUGCACCAUAUGGGCACAUCAAAAAUUUCGCUGAAGAUCAUCAGGAAAAAGGAAUAUCUUUAUACUACAUCUGCUUUUUCUCCUCCGUUGUUGCUGGUCUCAUCAUCAUGACUACAGCAGUGAUCGUGAUCACCAUCAGGAGCAAAACUAAUGUUUCAAGUUUCAUCAAGUAG